ACACCAGAGUCCAGCUAGUCGCCAUACUGGAAGGUUGUCCAUCGACUGAGCUCUCAUAACGUCUUGUUUUGUAACUUGGCACGCAGAGCAAGCAGCGUGCUAGAAAUCCACGGCUAAAAGCAAUCAGCAACCAUGGCCGUUCAACUCGAGACUUACUUCUUCCUAACCCUUCUCACGUUCGCCAUACUCCCCGGGGAAUCUGAAGCAGCUUUCGGCCAAACCAUCGAUGACAAAGUGACAGAUUUUCGCUUCAAGAAUAUGGGGGAAGCCUAUAUAUCAGAGUUUGAGAUAGUCGACAGCAAAGCCAACUUCGAAGUCGUUUUGGAGGACACACUAAACGAAGCCGAGUAUUGGGUGGUAGACUUCGAGCCGUAUAACAUGAAUAAGAACACUGCUGUAGAUCCAUACACUGGGGACAUCAACCCAGAAAACACUGGUCAAUGUUCGAAUGUCAUGUUUGAUGCACCGUACAAUCAGCAAGACGUGGCUGCUGGAUACUACUUCAGUGAUGUCGGCAACUUCAUAUCUCGUAACGUGAGCAUUCUAGAUGACCAGAGCAAUGGAGACAGUGUACAUAAGCGUCUCUUCACUAGUUACGUACGAGGACAGUCCUUCACUGAUAUUGACAGCGAUGGUGUGAAUAUACAGAGACGAGAUUAUAUCUUAUCAUUCAACCAAAACUUUGGGUUCUUUUUCAACUGUACAAACACCAUGGGAGAAAACAUCUGGAGUUUUGCAAAUACAACCGACACCAUUGAGUUCCGAUCCACAAUUUACUUUACGAAUGUUCGACCAGUGGAUCCAGCAGAUGGUACAAAGGGUAUGUCUUGGGUAACAUCAAACGUGGAUCUUAUAUACCGUCUAAACAGAGUUGCCAUCGUUAACUUCAUUGUCAGUUCCACCGCUCUGGUGAAACCAGUACUGGACUUUGUUAUCAUUGAACCAUACUUUGAUGCUCAGGGAGAUCCUGAGCCAAACAGAGCGUCAAUUGAGAUUCAAUUCCAGACCACCAUUGAAUCACCCGGUGGUGAACUACUGGCACUGUACAACGCAACAUCACUUCAAUAUAUUGCACGAGACCAAGUUGCAGGUGAAAAUAGCAGUCUCAAUUUAGAUCUGGACUAUAUCUAUCCGGACGGCCCACAACAGUGUCAAUACGUAGAAACCGACAAAUGCCGACAGACCUGGCUGUUCAAAUUCGUUAUUGAUCUAAACGUGGAAAUCGUUGAGAAUGACUUGCCUAUCGAUGCAACAGGUACCUUUAAAUUCCGGUUUGCCAAACACCAGUGUGUCGACGCGACCGAGGCAAACCCAAGUGAUUGCGUUGACCUAGGCCUGGACCCUUUCACCAUCUCUCUUGAGGUCACCAUACAGACAGUUGUUCAAGUUGUGGACGCAACGAAAGACAGCCCGACCGUCAUAUUGGUCUCCAUGAGCGGGGCGAAUGGAGAGGAUCUACGGGGUGGUGUCAGCCCUCCAACACGUGGAGUUAAUCACCUUGAAGAUGUCAAUAUCGUAGUCAAAUACACUCCCGAGUUCCUGCGAAGUGAUUUUGACCUUGAUUUGACCCUUUUCAUGGUGUGUAAGGAGGAUAAAACAAACUCCCCAGGGGGAUGUCUGGAUGUAGAGAUCAGUAACCGUUAUGUGGCCUACCAAUCUGAGUUCUUCAGAUAUGCAUACGUGGCAGUAGAAGGAGAAGUAACAUCUUACAACACAACUGAUCUUGAUGAUGAUAAUACUGUACAGAACCUCACAACCAACGCAUACGAUUCGGCAAAUGAAGUGUACAAUAUAGGGUUCACAAACACUGCCCUGUCCCAGGAGAGGUUGUCCUACACGAUCACUACAGUCUUCAGACUAAUCGAGAAGCCAGGUAGAAGACGACGAGCUAACCAACCCCAACAACAGAUGUUCUCAACCAGAUUCGGUGGGAUGGAUGGGAUAGCUGGUCUGGUACCGUACGGACCGCCAAGACACCGAGAAAGACGUGAUAUCAUGAGCGCCGCCGCACUACCACAAGGUCAUUUCGUCGAGAUGACGUUUAACGGGUGCCCUGAAAACUCAACUUUCUCACCGGCAAGCUACCACUGCGAGUGCAACCGUGUCGGAGAGGCGUACAGCAAAGAGACCUUCACAUGCCAAGGAUCCAAGUCACUUGCCCCAGAUCAAGAAAUCAUCAAUGUUAGAGACAAGGUGCCAGACUCCAGUGCGGCUCCCUCUAUUGUUGCUAAUAACGCCCUCUUUGUUUGUAUUUUUAUAGUGUCGAUUCUUAUUAUGUAUGUAAAAUAAUGGCGACAGAACUGUAACACAGUAUCAAUGUACAACUUAAUGGUAUAUAUUUAUAGAGAGUUUAUUCACAGUAACAAUAGUUCAUAGUUUAAUAUACUUUUGGCACGACGCACUCUAAUCUUAACAAGAAUAUCUAAAUUAAGUUUAAUUUAAUGGCUAUUGUUGUCCCCCACUAUAAUUAUCAAAAAAAGAAAAAUUAAUUUAUGCACACAUUAUUGUUUCAUGUGCUUUUAAACAACAAAAUGCACCUGUUUACAAAAGGUUGCAUAUAAAAAAAAUGUGUGUCAUAGUUUUGUGAAUACUGUUGCGGAUAACCAAUAUUGCCUAAAAUAAUGCUUUUAAAAGGAAAGAUGAGAGGAGUUUUCAAUAAUAAUACCAUGCACAUUCAUGAGCUUAAAUAUAAAUAGUUGACUAAUAUGCAAUAAGUUUUAACUUUUUGCAACUACGCUGUAGGAAUGUGGUUUUUAAUUGCAAGUUUAAUCAAGAGGAUUCUCGAGUACAGUCCAAUCUUGAUAAUGUGUGGUUUGACAAGGAGCAAGCUAAGGGUGCCAGACAGAGGCAGAAUAACUAACACUGUAACGAACUGCCCUCAAUAGUCUAAGUUAUACGAACUAUUAGAUUGACAUCAAGGGACCAUUAUCCCUGCAAAAAUGGUUUCAGUGAACGGAUUGACUCCAUAAGCUUUUUUGAGAUAUGGCAGACACAAUUACUGAACUUUGGGUAAAUUUGUCUGGAUACAACCAACUCGAACAGUUUACUCCUUGAUUGUCACAUACAUCAAAUAGGCUAGUGGCUUGUAUCCAAACUGUUCAUUAAAGCAAACUACAUGGUUAAAUGUUUGAUAUUGUUUUUGUUUCUUUACAGAAAAACUGUAGCCCUGGAGUAAAGUUAUAUUGUUUUCUAAAGUUAAUGAAAGCUUUGAAAAUCAACAAAGUCAUUGCUGCUAGAAUUUGGUAACCUCUGUACAUAUUGUCGCCCAUUUGAGUAUGUACAGGUGGUCCCUUGUUCUUGUAUUGCAAACGUUUCUGUAAGGUUUUCACUUUUCUUAGAUCAAUCAAUGCGAUUUAAUUGCAGUAAAACAAAAGUUUUAAUUUCAAUAGUUUAUUGACUCUCUUGACAUUUAUAUUAUUUUAACUAUCUAUACAAGAUGUUUUGUUUACGUUAGAAGAUUAUUUACUUUGUUGAUUUAUUCAUACUGGCUCGUUGAUCAAAAUCUGUGUUUGAAUUAUAUUCUAAUUGGACAAUGUUGACAGAGGUAUAUAAAUUAUACUGUUGCCGUUGUUUGAUAAGUUUUCAACAAUGUUUUUUUUUCCAUUUCCAUCAACAAGUAAAAACACUAAUUCGCAUAAAAAAAAUCAGAUCUAAAAGUUAUCAAACACCAUAGCUUGAGCUUGUAAAACCAAAAUGUAAUUUUGACUCGCCGAAAGAAAUGUUUUGUUUGAUGAUGUUUAGUUUCCUUCUACCAGAUAACCAGAGAGUUGUUAUAAUAAUGACUUGUAAUGGUUCCUCUUAGCUCGUGGCAAAGGCCCUCGGGAAAACAAUGGAAGGGCAUGUAGUAUAGGCCCUAUUAUACCGGAAAGUGAUGCAAAGUAUGGUGAUUUUAAUGCAACUAUAAAAGCACAUUGAAUUAUACAUGUGUAUUUUGGUGUUAUCUAUUAAACAAAUAUAUUUUUGGCUAAAAACUGUGUUUGGAAAACAACUUUCAUUAUUCAAUUAUCAUGACUACAAGACCGUACCUAUAGGUAAACAUUCAGGUUCAUGAAAGGUCAUCCCACAGUAGACUAAUACUUCUAAGCACUGCCAACAAUGAAACGGCAUUAAGUUUGAACUAGGAAGCCUAAAUCCGUAUGCUGCACUGCAUUUCUGCAAUCGGGGCAAGCCCGGGUCGG